CCUCACUACAGUUCCCACUCUCUGGGUGGGGGCGAGCGCGUCCGGUUUGCAGGAACCUUUCGGAAAUGGCAACUGGCGCGGUGGAGGUGUUCGGGCUCCCGGAGGACGAGGAAAAUUCCCGAAUUGUGAGGGUAAAAGUUAUAGCUGGAAUAGGCCUUGCCAAAAAGGAUAUCUUGGGAGCUAGUGAUCCUUACGUGCGAGUGACGUUAUAUGACCCAAUGAAUGGAGUUUUUACAAGUGUGCAAACAAAAACCCUUAAAAAGACUUUGAAUCCAAAAUGGAAUGAAGAAAUAUUAUUCAGAGUUCAUCCUCAGCAACACCGGCUUCUAUUUGAAGUGUUUGAUGAAAAUCGAUUGACAAGAGAUGAUUUCCUAGGUCAAGUGGAUGUUCCUCUUUAUCCAUUACCGACAGAAAAUCCAAGAAUGGAGAGACCAUAUACAUUUAAGGAUUUUGUUCUUCAUCCAAGAAGUCACAAAUCAAGAGUUAAAGGUUAUCUGAGAUUAAAAAUGACUUACUUACCUAAAACCAGUGGCUCAGAAGACGAUAACACAGAACAGGCUGAGGAAUUAGAGCCUGGCUGGGUAGUUUUGGACCAACCAGAUGCUGCUUGCCAUUUGCAGCAGCAACAAGAACCUUCUCCUCUACCUCCAGGAUGGGAAGAGAGACAAGAUAUCCUUGGAAGGACCUACUAUGUAAACCAUGAAUCUAGAAGAACACAGUGGAAAAGACCAACCCCUCAGGACAACCUAACAGAUGCUGAGAAUGGUAACAUUCAACUGCAAGCCCAGCGUGCAUUUACCACCAGGAGACAGAUAUCUGAGGAAACAGAAAGUGUUGACAACCGAGAAUCUUCUGAGAACUGGGAAAUUAUAAGAGAAGAUGAAGCCACCAUGUACGGCCAUCAAGCCUUCCCUUCAUCUCCACCAUCAAAUAACUUGGAUGUCCAGACUCAUCUUGCAGAAGAAUUGAAUGCCAGACUCACUGUUGGUGGAAAUUCAGCCAGUGGCCAGCCAGUAUCCAACUCAAAUCAUUCCAGCAGAAGAGGCAGCUUACAAGCCUAUACUUUUGAGGAACAGCCUACACUUCCUGUGCUUUUGCCUACUUCAUCUGGAUUACCACCAGGUUGGGAAGAAAAACAAGAUGAAAGAGGAAGAUCGUACUAUGUGGAUCACAAUUGCAGAACUACUACCUGGAUAAAGCCCACUGUACAGGCCACAGUGGAGACCGGUCAGCUGCUGUCAAGCCAGGGUUCUUCUGCAGGCCCUCAGCCACAGGCCCCCGCGAGUGAUGCAGCACAACAGGUGACCCAACCAUCUGAAAUGGAGCAAGGAUUCCUUCCCAAAGGCUGGGAGGUCCGGCACGCACCAAACGGGAGGCCUUUCUUCAUUGACCACAACACCAAAACCACCACCUGGGAAGAUCCAAGACUGAAAAUUCCAGCUCAUCUGAGAGGAAAGACAUCACUUGAUUCUUCCAGUGACCUGGGGCCUUUACCUCCAGGAUGGGAAGAAAGAACUCACACUGAUGGAAGAAUCUUUUACAUAAAUCACAAUAGUAAAAAAACACAAUGGGAAGACCCUCGUUUGCAGCAUGUAGCAAUAACUGGACCAGCAGUGCCCUACUCCAGGGAUUACAAAAGAAAGUAUGAGUUCUUCCGAAGAAAGUUGAAGAAGCAGAAUGACAUUCCAAACAAAUUUGAAAUGAAACUUCGCCGUGCAACUGUUCUUGAGGACUCUUACAGGAGGAUUAUGGGGGUCAAGAGAGCAGACUUCCUCAAGGCUAGACUGUGGAUUGAGUUUGAUGGUGAAAAGGGACUAGAUUAUGGAGGAGUUGCCAGAGAAUGGUUCUUUCUGAUUUCGAAGGAGAUGUUUAACCCUUAUUACGGGCUGUUUGAAUAUUCUGCUACGGAUAAUUAUACCCUACAGAUAAAUCCCAACUCUGGACUGUGUAAUGAAGAUCACCUCUCUUACUUCAAGUUUAUUGGUCGGGUAGCUGGGAUGGCAGUGUAUCAUGGCAAACUGUUGGAUGGUUUUUUCAUCCGCCCAUUUUACAAGAUGAUGCUGCACAAGCCAAUAACACUUCAUGAUAUGGAAUCAGUGGAUAGUGAGUAUUACAAUUCAUUAAGAUGGAUUCUUGAAAAUGAUCCAACAGAAUUGGACCUCAGAUUUGUCAUAGAUGAAGAACUUUUUGGACAGACACAUCAACAUGAGUUGAAAAAUGGUGGAUCAGAAAUAGUUGUCACCAAUAAGAACAAAAAGGAAUAUAUUUAUCUUGUAAUACAAUGGCGAUUUGUAAACCGAAUCCAGAAGCAAAUGGCUGCUUUUAAAGAGGGAUUUUUUGAACUGAUACCACAGGAUCUCAUCAAAAUUUUUGAUGAAAAUGAACUAGAGCUUCUGAUGUGUGGCUUGGGAGAUGUGGAUGUGAAUGACUGGAGAGAGCACGCAAAGUACAAAAAUGGCUACAGCAUAAAUCAUCAAGUCAUCCAGUGGUUUUGGAAGGGAUUUUUUGAACUGAUACCACAGGAUCUCAUCAAAAUUUUUGAUGAAAAUGAACUAGAGGUAAGAAAUAUUGCUCUUAACACAGGACUUUUGUACCCCUGA